UUCAGUACCGUUUCGUUCGCAGGAGGUCGCGUAUGACACGCCACAGUGUGUUGCGUCUUUCUCGUGGGCGUCAAAUGGUUCAAACGCAACAGCAGCAGUAGUGGCGGUUAGACCGAAGUGUACACGUCAGUUAUACAUCCGGACUGUUCGGAAUGGUGUGUUGAUUAGUGGCAACGAACGUGUGCUUUUUAUCGCAACCGAGGGAAAUAAAAAAUCUUGCGAUGGAUUAGAUAUAUUUCAAUGCUUGCAAUGCUAUGACACAGCCAUAAUGACAAGAACAGGUGCUUAAGAAAAACGUGUCUUUGGUCAGUGAAAUCUGUGAGAUGUGGUGAAGAGUUUAAAAAAAGAAAACCUAUAAUCCUCCAGUUAAAGGCUCAACGCUCGCUGCUUGGCCAGCGUUGUCAUUGAGGCGUUGAGGAUUGCUGUGAUUGUCGGCGAGCAUGCUCCUCUGUUCAAGAUGGUUAGGAAAUAUAGGACGACCAGACCAUUUUUCGCCCAGGAAACCUUUGAUGACUUCAUGGAGCUUUUCCAUUGAGUUAGUUGCUGCUGAACGGCGGACAUUUCGUUUCGAGAAAUCAGAGCGAAAGAAAGAGAAGGGGUGUCCGCCCAGCCUAUCCAGUCUGAGAAUGACCGACGGCCCGUUCGUGUACGGUAUCGAGCUGAGGGAUCCACCGACGGCCCCAACCGAACUCACCCAGUACGACCUGCUGUUCGGUCCGGGCAGUCUCCUCUACCGUCCUCCUAACAGCAUGGCCGGCGACUACGGUAACGAGCUGUACGGUACCAACCUGUCGCUUGCGCUUGGCGAGCUGCUCCGAGACAACAUCUCUGCCACUGUGAUCGGCGGCACCCACAACCUGUCCGGGGACGGGCGCAGUGCGGCCGGUAAUCUGCCGCCAGCCACCGGAACGGGCACGGGCGGUGCGCGCGGUGGCGACGGCACGUUCCAGAACCAGCUCAUCAUUCCCUUGUACGCCAUUAUCUUCUUGCUGUCGGUCGUCGGCAAUCUGCUGGUAAUUUUAACGCUCGCCCAAAACAAACGGAUGCGCACGGUCACCAACGUAUAUUUGCUGAAUCUGGCAAUUUCCGAUCUGCUGCUCGGUGUUUUCUGCAUGCCGUUUACACUCGCCGGCCAGGUGCUGCGGAGGUUCGUCUUCGGUAGCGUCAUGUGCAAAUUAAUACCAUAUUUCCAAGCCGUCUCGGUGUCGGUGGCGGUCUGGACGUUGGUGGCGAUCUCGCUUGAGCGCUACUUUGCCAUCUGUCGGCCACUGUCCUCCCGCCGGUGGCAGACCCAAUUUCAUGCCUACAAAAUGAUCGGCCUGGUGUGGACGGUCAGCUUUCUCGCGAACUCACCGCUCGGGUACGUGCAGCGGCUGCUGCCGGUCGGCCGCAGCACCGGCCAGAUGAAGUGCCGGGAAGAGUGGCCCAGCCCGGCCUGGGAAAAGGCGUACGUGCUGUUUCACGACGUCGGGCUGCUGUUUCUGCCCCUGCUCACCAUGGGCUUCGCCUACUCGAUGAUCGUCUCGAAGCUGUGGCGCGGACUCCGGCACGAGAUCAAACAUUCUUCGCUGUACCAGCAGACGAGCCGGCAGCACGGUACGGGCGGUCAGGGCGGCAGCGUCGGGGGAGCUCCCACCGGUGCCGCGGCUGGCAGUGUGGGGACUGCCAGUGGGGAGCAGCACUGCACGGGCGAUAAGGGCAAGCCACCGAAGCCGGCCGGUGGUAAGCGGCACGAGCCGGGGUUCGUGCUAACGUCCAGCCUGAAGAAGGCACCGUUCAAAUCGUCUACAGCGGUCGUUAACUUUGCCAGCAACAACAACACGAUCAACAAGAGCAACUUCAGCGGUGCUGGAAGCGGCAGCUCGAGCAAUGGUGCCGGUAGCAGCGGCUCUAGCAAUGGUAGCAACGGUGGUGGAUGCAACGGUUCCGGGGCGGACCUGCGAACGCACUACUGUGGUGGUGCCGGAUGCGAAACCAGGCCCGGAAGACUUCGAGGUUUUCGCCAUUUCUUCGCCAAGCAGCACCACCAGCACGUGGGACUCUGUCGGAAUCAGCGCUACCAGCGCAACAGCACCACCGCUGCGCCGGAAGGUCUGCCUGAGCUGGCCGAGACGAAGUUCGACGAAAGUGCGUCGGUCGGGCAGCAGCACCCGUACCUCCACUGCCACUGUCAUCAUGCGCACGGAUAUAAUCAUCACCAUCACCGGCUGCCGACCAGCACCAUCGUGAAGAGUACACAGCAGGACGCCAAGCAUGAGAUCGUGCUCGGUACGGGCGAACCAGGACCGGGGCUCGAACCAGCCGGUGACGCAGUGCUGCUUCCUGGCGCACCGGCGGGUAGUGCUGCCACCGCACCGGAAACCGGCCAGGGGGACUGUGAUCCGUCCGCUCUCAACCCGGAUCCGGCCUAUCAGUUCUCCCGGCAUGCGAUCCGCUCCACCUACAUGGACAAGAGUAUCGAGGCUAAGAAGAAGGUCAUACGGAUGCUGUUCGUGAUAAUCGUCGAGUUCUUUGUUUGUUGGGCACCGCUACACAUUCUCAACACGGUAUAUCUGUACUCGCCGACCUUCGUCUACCAGUACGUGAACAGCAGCGGUAUUGCCCUGGUGCAGCUGAUGGCGUACAUCAGCUCCUGCUGCAAUCCUAUCACGUACUGCUUCAUGAACCGACGCUUCCGGCAGGCAUUCCUCGGCGUCUUCAGCUGCUACCGCAAACGCAUGCCAAUCUGCUGCUGCUUCUGCUGCGCGUCGUCGAACGGCCCGAUGGAGGGGGCGGAAUCGAAGGCGGCCGCCUAUCUGCGCCAGAACACCGUCAACCAGUCCGGCGCGGAACGGAACAACUCGGACAUGUCCGGUAACGAUUCGCUGGUGUACGUCGGACGCGGGCUCGUGCAGCGUUCCGAGAUAUUGAUUCUGGAAUCCGAGGAUCGGGUUUAGCACCGGCUCCGAUCACGUGAACAGCUCCGUCUCGAUCGUGAAUUCGAUCAGCAGUGCGAGAAUCGCGCAGAUCAUCGAAACCGACCCGGAUGACGAUUCGUUUCGGUUGCGUAUCACGUGGUCAAAGCCAACCUCGGCUAACUACUCAAAGACUGCAGGCGGUUGUGAUAGCGAACGCUACUCGUAGAACGGACGGCUGCCACCAAGGGAUGGUUGAACCAGGAUUGAGGGAUGGUGACGUAUUUUCAAACACAGUCGCACCGCGAAGGACCAAGCAGCACUGCAGCACACAAUGUGAAAAUAGGUGUGCUCAGAAACGCAUCCCGCUACGGACAAAAAAAAAUCAAGGCGCAGUUUAAUUCUCUCCUUCACACGAACAUUGAGAUUGCUGAUUAUUCUGAACGCUCUUGAUCCUGGGUCGCAUGGAGCAAGCACACUCCAGAACUCUAUUCCCGGUAGUGCGGCAAGGUAGCCGUCUCACGAAGUCGUUUAGAUGCUAUAAUAUGAUUGAAAUGAAAUCAAUGUCUAACAUUUGCUUCCCGUUCGUGCACACCCAGCUCGCAGCAAACUUAUCGUUCUGUUGCGUGCAGAGACAACGAAACAAAGCGAAAAAGAAAACAGUUGCUGACGGGCAUAGAAUGACCCGAAGUUUCUGUGUUUGUUUUUAUGUUUUUGGAAUAGCGAAUAAGGAAAGACGCGUACUUCAAGAGAGUGGCAGCGUUUGUAAGCUGCCCGGUUAAUCUAAUGUUUAAGGUUGGCAUUUUCCGUUUCGAUCACUUGCUUUUCCUCACUUUUCCCUGACAACGCAAAGCGGUCAGACAAGUCCAUAUUCGGUCUCUGAUAGCGUACCCAUUCGGAAAAUGGUUCCGGUUAGUCGGAAAAUUGAUAAAUACUUUCGUAGAUGACUGUUGAAUCCUUCCCGGGAUCCUUACCGGGCUCGUACCAUCGACUACCGCUUCCAGGGAAACAGGUCUGGAUCUAAUAAUCUUGAUUGGAUUGUUCGCCUGUGUUUGUGUGGAUGUGCGUGUGUGCGCUCAAUAUUCGAGAACGAAAGAAUGGACCAUUCUUCCACCCAGCGCACAUUGCAUCUGUAAUAUGGUUGAGCUGGGAAAACUUUGACCGGUUUCCAUACUCUGAUGUACUGUGCAUACCAGCCAUCUGGAAGAGGAAGAGGAGAAAGCAAGGAAAGAAGGAAGAGGAAAGUAGAGCAGGGAAUACCGAUAAAAUCCCCGAUAAUCUCAUGUGGACUUUGAAAAUCCCAGUGACCAUGUGGCAGUCCCAGUGAAGGAGCGUAAUAAUGAAAGCGUGCUCAGAAGCAUAAGUGUGUAAAUGCAAACCUGAGGGGAGAAGUGAGGUGCAAGUCUAACAAGCAUUUGGGAUUAGACUCGGCAAAAGGUAACAAAAGUCCAGCUGCCUCCGGUUUCGGAAGUUACGGUUUCCCCUGCCUCAAGGGACUGGCUCAUAAACGUUACGGGUUAUGGCAAUGUCACAUAUUGUUUCGUUCUUUUGCAUGACCGAUAAACAGCGAUUAAAGUGAGCAGAUACCUCGGCUAACGAGAAUGUGGGAAGAUGAAUUAAUGUUGCCUACAUUUAAGCUGCUUCUUUCAAGUCAAGAACUGUCACAAACAAACAGAAAAACGAAGAAUCGGUUGCAUAACUGCCCCUACCCAUCUGGAUGUUUGGCGAUGCGGUACUAUCUGUUUCUGCUUUCCUUUCUCCUACGCGCGUAACGCGUAACACCCUUUUGUUUGUAUUUUUACCGAGGAGCAGCUCCCAAAAAAGAAAAAAAAAAUCAAAAGGUCAGACUACAAUCGCACAAGCAAAAGAAGAAAACACCGGUAACCGUUCGGAAGUGAAUCAACCCGUGCUUUAGUUGAUUAGGUCCCUUUAGGAGCCAAUUUCUAGUGGCGGGAGUUCCCAAAAGGAAAAGGAAUGAGUGAUGAACGACGCGUGUGUUGUAGGUUGAGCGCAGGUCCGUGUAUCUAUAUUUAAGCGCCUCAAGAAUUCCCGAGAGAUUUUAAGCGUGUGAGUGUACAUAAACAUUAAAAAAGGAGCCAUCCGAAAAACGAAACCGGAGCAGUGAGAGGAAGACGAAGAAAUAAAAGGUCCUAAGUACGAGGAAAGGGAGUGAUCAACAUUAGAAGGGCAAAAUUUGAUUGUUAUUGUAAUUACAAAGAUACCGGAAAUAUAUUUAAAUAUUUCAUCACACAUGUUCCCAACGACGAGAAAAAUGUGGUUCGAUUUGCUUGCUGUUGUUGUUGCUACUGCUGUUGAUGUUUUAUUGCCGAAAACCUCCCAGAUGCUCAGCCGGGCGGUAUAUCGAUUUGGCGGUGCGUGAAAUUUAUGCUUUAUUACCGUCCAAAUUACUUCCGCUGCCAGAUACCCCUUGGCUUAGUAAAACUUGCUAACGAGAAAGAAACCAAAAGGCCCAGUCCAAUGCCCAGCGGAUUCUUAUCGACAAAUCAAGCGUGUGGGCGGCUAAAUGUAGUCAACAAACACGCGUUGGGUAGAAACUCCAACAAAAUCUCUGCAUAGAGAGCGAGAGAGAGAGAGAGAGAGAGAGAGAGAGAGAGAGAGAGAAUAAACAGAAAAAAUAAAUGCCAGAGGGUCGUGCUUUCCGUACUCAAUAAUGUUAGCGCGCUGCCACCAGCAAAAGGCGUUUAGCGAUAGUGUCGGUUUGUGUACGUUUUUUCUUAUUUCUUGCGUACAGUUUGCCACUCGGUGACAUCCAUGUGAAAAUGGAUGUUCUGGAAAAACAAAAAUCUUCACAACCAGUGCUGGCCAUCGAGAGUGAGAUAUUGAAGAUGUCGUUAAGAUAAUAUAACACGUGACGCACACGGGCGCUCGGUCACUCGUUAAAGCCCGUGUUUGAACACGCGCGCGCACUCGGAACUUGCGCCUGAAAGUUAUGGCACGCUGCACGGUUUCUUUUCGCCCCAGUUUCGAUGGUUUGGAUUGUUCGCACCUUUUCCGUUAUUGAACCGAUUGGUGGGUUAACUGGCUAAGCCCCUAUAGGCACACGAAUUGACCUCCAACUUCCAGGUUGGACCGUUGGCAGGUGGACUUUUUCGCUGAUGUACAUGCUUCUCUGAAAGGUAAAACGACCACAAAGAAUCGUCUAGGGGAGUUACGGACGGGGAAAUAAUGUUUCGAAAAUAUGAGCCUUUGUUAUGCCCAAGGAGGGAGUAAGCGC